UUAUUUUUAAAAAGUGCACAUUUUGGGCAUUUUUUUUGAAACGUCUCUCUCUCUCUCUUCCCUGCCGCGUCGAACACUUACUUCUCCGGCAAUCGCCGCCGACCACUAUUUUCCACUGGAACCGGCUAUAGCAACUGAUUUUUGCUACUACUGAAUGAUUGAACCCAUGCCAGCUAUGAAGAAGAGUGCUGUCCAUGGUGGGAUUGGGCAUGUAUUCAACAAAUUGACAAGCGAGAUUGGAGAUCCUGUUGACUUUGAACUUCCAGAUUGGUUGAAUAAAUGGCAACCCACACCCUUUACCUAUAUAAAGCGUAAUAUAUACCUCACCAAGAAGGUUAAGCGGCGGCUGGAAGAUGAUGGCAUAUUUUGUUCCUGCAGUUCAACAGCAGGAUCUUCGGACGUGUGCGGCAGGGAUUGUCUGUGUAGCAUUUUAUGGUCUAGCUGCUCCUCAGGGUGUAAAUGUGGGAGUGCUUGUCUGAACAAACCAUUCCAUCAACGUCCUGUGAAGAAGAUGAAAAUAGUUAUGACUGAGAAAUGUGGCAGUGGGAUUGAGGCAGGUGAAGAUAUCAAGAGAAAAGAUUUUGUUAUAGAAUAUGUUGGAGAAGUUAUUGAUGACAAAACAUGUGAAGAGAGACUUUGGAAAAUGAAGCAUAGUGGGGAAACAAACUUUUACUUGUGUGAGAUCAAUCGGGAUAUGGUGAUUGAUGCCACUUACAAGGGCAACAAAUCCAGAUACAUUAAUCAUAGCUGUUGUCCAAAUACUGAGAUGCAGAAAUGGUUGAUGGAUGGUGAGACAAGAAUUGGCAUAUUUGCGACACGUGACAUUAAAAAGGGCGAGCAUCUGACCUACGAUUAUCAGUUCGUUCAAUUUGGUGCAGAUCAAGAUUGCCACUGUGGUGCUGUAAAAUGUAGGCGAAAGCUGGGAAUUAAACCUAAAAAACGAAAACUUUCCUCUUCAGAUGCUGCAUUAAAGUUAGUGGCAUGUCAAGUUGCUGCGUCCUCUCCCAAAGUGAAAGCAUUGCUAUCUCUAAAACAUGGUUGUCAAACUGGAGUUCCUCCAAAGGUAGGUUAA